AUGGAUCUCUUCUAUCUCCACUAUGAGCCUGCUCCAUCCUCCCAGCACCACUAUGAGCCUGCUCCAUCCUCCCAGCACCACAUUGAGCCUGCUCCAUCCUCCCAGCACCACUAUGAGCCUGCUCCAUCCUCCCAGCACCACUAUGAGCCUGCUCCAUCCUCCCAGCACCACAUUGAGCCUGCUCCAUCCUCCCAGCACCACUAUGAGCCUGCUCCAUCCUCCCAGCACCACUAUGAGCCUGCUCCAUCCUCCCAGCACCACAUUGAGCCUGCUCCAUCUCCCCAGCACUACUAUGAGCCUGCUCCAUCUCCCAAGCACCACUAUGAGCCUGCUCCAUCCUCCCAGCACCACUAUGAGCCUGCUCCAUCCUCCCAGCACCACUAUGAGCCUGCUCCAUCCUCCCAGCACCACUAUGAGCCUGAUCCAUCCUCCCAGCUCCACUAUGAGCCUCUCCACUAUGAGCCUGCUCCAUCCUCCCAGCACCACUAUGAGCCUGCUCCAUCCUCCCAGCACCACUAUGAGCCUGCUCCAUCCUUCCAGCUCCACUAUGAGCCUGCUCCAUCCUCCCAGCACCACUAUGAGCCUGCUCCAUCUCCCAAGCACCACUAUGAGCCUGCUCCAUCCUCUCAGCUCCACUAUGAGCCUGCUCCAUCUUCCCCUGCUCCAUCCUUCCAGCUCCACUAUGAGCCUGCUCCAUUCUCCCCUGAUCCAUCCUCCCAGCUCCACUAUGAGCCUGCUCCAUUCUCCCCUGAUCCAUCCUCCCAGCUCCGCUAUGAGCCUGCUCCAUCUCCCCUGCUCCAUCCUCCCAUCUCCACUAUGAGCCUUCUCCAUCCUCCCAGCUCCACUAUGAGCCUGCUCCAUCCUCCCCUGCUCCAUCCUCCCAGCUCCACUAUGAGCCUGCUCCAUCUCCCCUGCUCCAUCCUCCCAGCUCCACUAUGA